AUGUCCUCCGAAACGGUAUCAUUUGGCCUUGCCACCAUUCGCAACGACGAUAACAACCUCGAAGCAGCAAUUGUUAUUGGCCAAUGGGUGUAUCCGCUAGCAUCUCUUGAUGAGUCUUUCCACGAUCGCACCGUCUUUGGCCUGCUUCAGGAUUGGCCUUCAGUGUACUCUUCACUGCAACAGCUUGCGUCGCGUGUUGUCAAGCGAGAUGGACAAGUCGGGAGUCAUCGAGUUCAACUCAAAGACGCAAAGCUUGAUACGCCAAUUCGCUACCCAAACAAGCUUCUUGCAGUUGGGGCCAACUAUUCAGGUCAUCUUAGAGAGAUGGGUCUCCCUGCGGAGAAAUGGGAUCCAAUGCCGUUCUUCAGUUGCCCUCCUACUAGCUCCAUCGUUGGACCGGGGAAGACAGUUCCUCUUCCGCCGACAACUAAGCAGUUUGACUGGGAGUGCGAGCUGACAGUUGUGAUGGGAAAAGGGCUGAGAAACGCGUCUCAAGAGCAGGCUGCAGAGACCAUCGCUGGCUAUACUAUUGGUCUUGAUCUCAGCUGUCGCGAUCUCUUCCGCUCUCAUGGACACAGGUGGCUCGUGAAGGGGGAUUUCAUCAAAGCUCAGAUAGGCGAUAUGGAGCCUCUGGAGGUUGAGAUUUACUGA